ACAAAUGUGUUAUUAUCUCUAAUUCUCCAUAAAAAUAACCCACAACCAAUAAACACAUACACAAAGUUAAAAUGGUCCUUACCGGUGAUCAACAAACCCACUUCGUCCUGGUACAUGGUGCAUGCCAUGGAGCCUGGUGUUGGUUCAAGCUCAAACCCCUUCUAGAAGCCGCCGGCCACCGCGUAUCCACCUUUGAUCUAGCCGCCUCCGGCACCAAUACCCAAGCCAUACAAGAUGUGGCUACACUUUCUGACUACACAAAGCCAUUGCUUGAGCUCAUGGCCACCAUUCCGCCUGAGGAGAAGGUUGUGCUGGUCGGUCAUAGCCUCGGUGGCAUGAACAUCGCCCUUGCCAUGGAAAAGUUCCCCGAAAAAGUCUCCGUCGCGGUCUUUCUCACCGCUUUCAUGCCGGAUAACGAUCAUAAGCCUUCUUAUGUUUUAGACCAGUAUAAUGAAAUCACUCCAGCAGAAGCUUGGUUGGACACAGAGUUCUUGCCAUACAAUGCUGAUCAAACUGAUUCUGAAAUGUCUAUGUUUUUUGGCCCUAAGUUUCUGUCCUCCAAGCUCUAUCAGCUCUCAUCCGCUGAGGAUCUUGAAUUAGGGAAAACGUUGAUCAGGCCUUCGUCGUUAUUUAUGAAAGAUCUAAGGAAUGCGGAGCCAUUUACCAAAGGUGGAUUUGGUUCUGUAAGACGGGCAUAUGUGAUUUGCGAUGAAGAUAAAGGCAUUAAGAAAGAAUUUCAACAAUGGAUGAUUGAUAAUAGUCCGGUUAACGAGGUGAAAGAACUAAAACAUGUUGAUCAUAUGCCAAUGUUGUGUGACCCAAAGCAACUUAGUGUUUGCCUCUUUGAUAUAGCCGUUCAAUAUGCUUAGUUAACUAAGUGUGCAAAGUAACUUAGUGACCCUAGGGUCUUCUAGCUAUAUGAUGAAUUUGCUUUGAAUAAUGAUGAUUUCAAAAUUAAUAAUUUGUAUCUUUUUAAUUUGUCAAUAAAAAUAUGUUACGUGUGCUUUCUUAA